AUGUCGAGAAAGUGUAAUAAUUGUAACAAGUACCUGUGUAAGAUUCCUGGUUAUAAAAAAAUUAUAAAGAAUGAAGAAGAAGCUAAAGUGUUUAGUGACUGUUUGAAUAAAAUCGUAAUAGUUAAUGAUAUUUUUUGUAAGAAGUGUCGACUUAUCCCAUAUAUUAACAAAAAAGCUUCUACUUCUAAAUGUGCAGCAUUUAACUUGGCCGAAAUAAUGGACGAUCAAAAUAAUCUCUCAGUACAAUAUGUGAAAUCAGCACCUAAUAUCAUCAAAGCAGAAACUAAGUUGCCACAUGGUGGAGGCGCAGCGUUUCGAAAUAUAACGAUAACGAUACCCCGUAAGCCAAGCGGGGAAAAAAUAGAAGCGAGAAAACGAAAAACGAGAAACGAGAAAACGAAAAUUAUGGCGAAAUACAUCGGAUUAAAAGGUGAUGUGGCUGAUUUUUUUUCCCAAUUUAAUAUUAUAGCAGCAGCAAAAGGCUAUCAAGAAUCGACUAAAAAACUAGUGUUGGCAGCGUAUUUAGCGGGACCUGCACUAUUAUUUUAUAAUAAAAUAAAAGAUAAUUGUGAGACAUUUCAGGAACUUCAGAAACAAAUCAGCGAGGAGUUCUCCUCAACGGAAAAUUCUAUCGCAAUUUUUUUUGCAAGAGGACAGGGUGCAACGGAGGACCCACUUAAUUACUUUUAUUCUUUAGAUUAUUUAGCCUAUAAAGCUGAGGCAGUUAUUGAUGAUAAAUGCUUCAUCCAACAUUUUCUUGGAGCAGCAAAUUUCCAAACUAAGGGACGUUUAGGAUCACAGUUGUAUACGAAUAGACAACAUUUGAAAGAGGUCAUCAAACAAUUAAAUGAAAUUUAUAAUAGAGGGGAUGGAGAAGCGGACAUUAAUUUACCUGUAAAAUUUACAAAUAUUGUAGAUGUUCUUCCUUCCUCUAGCACACAAGGCGGACAAGGAGAUCAGCGACCUUCAACGUCUAUUCGACCCACUAGAACCUUCAGUUCUCCAUCUUUCACCCCUCGUAAAAUCCCACCUCCCGAUCAGAUGAUGCCCCGCCCUUAUAAUUUCAGACCAAGAGGUAAUACAAAGCCGCACUCAAUGAUGACUAAGAAGAAUAAUGAAUGCAACACAAAAGCAGCAGAGGCGAUAGAAGUUAUAGCUGAGGAUAAACAGCCACCUCACUCAAAGAAUAUAUUAUACGCACCCCCCCCGCCACAGCCCCCGCCGCCCCGCCUGGACCGAGCGACGCGCGCGACAGUGAGUGGCGGCAGUGAGAGAGACUCAUACGCACGCGCCAAUGUGACGUGCGUUCCCGCGCACACGACGUGCCCGCUGUCGUGA